AUGCUGUCUCAACGGAUCCUGGCUCGGCGCCUGCCCCAGGUUGCCCGCGCCGCCAUUGCCCCCCGUGCCUCGUUUUCCCAGGUACCCGCUCUCCGUGCGACUGCUGAGGCCGAGGAUCCUGACCAGAACAACAACUACCCGAACCCUCCCCGUGUGAAGCGUCAGUUCAGAGAUCCGUAUGGCGGCUGGUGGGAUGCGCAAGAAAAGCGCAACUUCGGCGAGCCCGUUCACGAGGACAACGAGAUCCUUGGUGUUUUCUCUCCCGAGCAAUAUAACCACGUCUCUGCCCGCAAGGGUCUCACCCACUUCGGUAUCUUCGUUGCGAGCUUCCUGAGCCUGGUCGGUGUUGUCAGCCUCUUCUACCCGGACAAGCCGAGCGUUCCCAAGACCUACGAGGGUGGUCUGGAGAAGGAGCUGGGCGGCCCCAAUGCCCUGCCGGCCCGCAAGGCUGGUGAUGACAAGUGGUGA